CAAUCGUCACCAAGAAAGGUAUUCCAUACCCUACCUAAUAGACUUGUUGAAAAGUCACCUGAUACAAUGGCUCUGAGAGGAAAAGUUGCUAUCAUUACAGGUUCCAGUGCAGGUAUUGGGGCAGGCAUUGCAGUGGUCUUUGCAAAAGAAGGAGCCAAACUGUCAUUGACUGGUAGGAAUCAGAAUAAUUUGGAGCAAGUGGUCCAAAACUGCAAGAAGGCAGGAUGUCAAGACGUUCUCAUAAACGUGGGUGACAUCACGAAGGAUGCUUUCAGAAGGACUCUCGUGGAUACAACCAAGAAGACGUUCGGGAAAAUAGACAUACUGGUGAACAAUGCUGGGAUCUCAGGCUUGAGUUCUCUGAUAUCAACGACCAAAGAGGAGUAUGACAGAAUGAUGGCUGUAAACGUGGAGGCACCUGUGUUUUUGACACAGUUAGUUGCACCGCAUUUGAUUGAAACUAAAGGAAACGUGGUCAAUACUUCGAGUUGCAACACGACUAUGAUUCUACCGAAUGCAGGUGUCUACGUCAUGUCGAAGGCGGCCCUAGACACAUUUACAAGAUACCUUGCUCAUGAACUUGCCUCACAGGGGGUACGUGUCAAUGCAAUCAAUCCAGGCCAUGUACCCACUGACAUAAUGGCAAAGGUGUUGACUAAAGACGAAUCGGACCAGAUGGCGAGAGAUAUGCUAAACGCGACGCCAAUUGGUCGAGCUGCUACCCCAGAAGAAAUGGGUCACAUUGUGGCCUUCCUAGCCUCGGAUAAAGCAGCCUUUGUAACUGGAGAGAGCUUCAGGGCCGAUGGUGGGCUCUCAAUGACCACACCAGCUCUUGCCUGAAAUGAAUGGAUGAACUUGAAUCCACCAUUAACAGAUUGUGUUGGGAACAUUUGCACGUGUAUCAAAUACAUUCGUCCAGUUGACAAAUGCCAGUGCAAUUUGAUUAAUGACUUUCCUUUGUCGAUUAUGUAAUGGUCUGGAAAAGGCGAUUUUAAUAUGUAUUUGAAAUCGCUGAAAAUUCUGAAAUAAUUCUGAAAUAUUACCAAUAUGAAAAUAAUUUUAACGAACACUACGAUACUGUCCCACUUGUGGUUAGUCAACUAAAUAUGUAUCUACAUUC